AUGAAUUCUCAUGAAGAAAUCAGAGAAAUUGAUGAUUACAAACAAUAUGUAACUAUUUACGAAGCGAAUGAUACAUGGAAAGAUUUACUUUCUCAUGCUAUUACUUCUAAAAUCAUUCGCUUGGAUGACAUCAUGAAAAUCAUUCAUGAAAAGAUGGAGAUAACUUUCUUAAGAGGCUUCCAAGAGUUUAAGCAAACAGAAGACAAAAUCGAAAACCUCAAAGAAAGAAGUCAUCAACAAUUCCGGUGA